AUGCUGCUCCUCGACUACCAGAAUGUCCUCAUCGAGAGCCUGCUGCGGGACCGGUUUGCGCCUGAUGCAGCGCCCUCUUCAAUCGAUCAAGUAGUCUCAGACUUCGACAACGUAACCUUCCACAUCUCCACACCAAACACCAAGACCCAAAUCGUCGUCAGCAUAUCGGUCAAAUGCUACCCGGAACUUCUCAAGUACGGCGCUCAACAGGUGCUCGAGCGCGAGUAUGGCCCUUAUAUCAUUGAGCCAGAGCAAGGGUACGACUUCAGCGUGCAAGUGGAUCUGGAGAAUCUGCCCGGAUCGCAAGAAGAGCGGGAUGAUCUGGUCAAACGGAUCAGCUUGAUGAAGCGCAAUGCAAUGGCAGCCCCUUUCGAACAGGCUUUCCAGGAGUACGGCCAACUGGCAGAGCAGAUGCGUGGCUUGUCAAUCGAGACUGCACCGCAGGGUGUGAAGGAGGGUGGAGAGGUGCGGGCGAUCCACUACCGGGAUGAGGAAGCGAUCUAUAUCAAGGCCAGCCACGACCGAGUGACGGUGAUCUUCUCGACAGUGUUCAGGGAAGAGACCGAUAGAGUGUUUGGGAAGAUCUUCUUGCAGGAGUUCGUGGAUGCGAGGAGAAGAGCGAUACAGAACGCACCACAGGUCAUGUUCCGAAACGACCCGCCGCUUGAGUUGCAAGGCCAGCCUGGGCUUCAGCAAGGGAAGGGCGAGAUUGGAUACAUCACGUUUGUACUCUUCCCUCGCCACCUGACGCCUCAACGGCAACCCGACGUCAUCUCUCACAUUCAGACCUUCCGCGACUACUUCCACUACCACAUCAAGGCGAGCAAAGCGUACAUCCACUCACGCAUGCGAAGACGGACAGCGGACUUCCUGCAAGUGCUGCGAAGAGCACGGCCAGAGGCGGAGGAAAAGGAGAGGAAGACAGCAAGUGGGCGGACGUUUAGGGUGCAAGGUUGA